UUUGUUUACACUGAGACAGGUUUGGUGUCUAGAGGAGCAGUUUGUUUCUGCCUUGUGCUUAGUUCAGGGCUCUUCACCCCAAAAGAUGAACCCGUCUGGUCCUGAGUGUUAUUUUGGGGCUGUUAUAUCUGGGUGCUCCACAUUCCACCCUAAUCACAGUGACAGUGGGGAGGACUCAUUAGAUACGCUGCUCACCCGUCUCCCUCUCACCCCUUCAUUGUCCCCACGCAAGCGCACAACCAGUCAGACUAAGACAGAACCUCCCUUACUGCGCACCAGCAAAAGAACCAUCUACACAGCUGGACGCCCCCCAUGGUACAAUGAGUCUGGGACGCCCUUCAAAGAGGCAUUUGUCAUUGGUUUGUGUGGAGGAAGCGCAUCUGGCAAAACUACAGUUGCAAACAAGAUUAUUGAAGCUCUGGAUGUUCCUUGGGUCGUUCUUUUGUCUAUGGACUGUUUCUAUAAGGUCCUUACUAAGGAGCAACAGGAACUUGCCGCAAAGAAUGAAUAUAACUUUGACCAUCCUGAUGCUUUUGAUUUUGAUCUUUUGGUGAAUGUUCUUCGGAAGCUAAAGAAAGGAAAGAGCGUCAAAGUUCCUGUGUAUGAUUUCACAACGCACAGCCGCAGGAAGGAAUGGAAAACAGUAUAUGGAGCCAACGUGGUUAUAUUUGAGGGCAUCCUGUCGUUUGCCAACAAAGAGCUCCUAAAGCUGCUGGAUAUGAAGGUGUUUGUAGACACAGACUCUGACAUCAGACUGGUGCGCCGGCUGAAACGUGACAUCAUGGAGCGUGGCCGUGACAUUGUGGGGGUCAUCAAGCAGUAUAACAAGUUUGUGAAGCCGGCUUUUGAGCAGUAUAUAGAGCCCACUGUGCAGCUAGCAGACAUCGUGGUGCCCAGAGGAGGGGAGAAUUUCGUAGCGUUGGACCUUAUUGUGCAACAUGUACACAGCCAACUGGAGAAGAGGAUGCAGCGCUGGGACAUGGCAGCACUGGCCUCCGCCCACCAGGGGCAGCCUCUCCCUGAGACACUGAGUGUACUGCAGAGUACCCCACAGGUGCGAGGGAUGCACACUAUUAUUAGGAAUAAAGACACAAACCGUGACGAGUUCAUAUUUUAUUCUAAGCGCCUCAUGCGGCUGUUGAUAGAACAUGCUUUGUCCUUUCUUCCACUCAUUCCCGUGACAGUGGAAACCCCACAGGGGACUUUGUACCAGGGAAAAAGAUUCUACCGGCAACGGAUCACAGGUGUUUCUAUACUUCGUGCUGGGGAAACCAUGGAGCAGGCGCUGACAGCCAUUUGUAAGGACAUUCGCUUGGGGAAGAUUCUUAUCCAGACCAAUCACAACACUGGGGAACCUGAGCUUCAUUACCUGCGACUGCCCAAGGAGAUAAGUGAGGAUUAUGUGAUUCUCAUGGACAGCACAGUGUCCACAGGAGCUGCAGCUAUGAUGGCCAUUAGGGUCCUGCUGGAUCAUGAUGUACAGGAAGAUAAGAUCUUCUUAUUGUCACUACUGAUGGCAGAGAUGGGCGUUCACUCGGUGGCUUACGCAUUUCCACGUGUUCGUAUCAUCACCACUGCAGUAGACAAGCGUGUCAACCAGGAGUUUCAUAUCAUUCCAGGCAUUGGUAACUUUGGGGACAGAUUUUUUGGCACAGAUGCUCCAUCCGAGUGUUACGAUAGUGAUGAAACCAAUAUGGACUACUGAAUUCAGUAUCCUUGGCUCCACUUGCAGCCGAUGCAAGAGACCUGUUUAUUUAUUGCCUGACAGUCUAUUACAGUAUCUGGGUAAUCUUGAAGAUGGCGACACAUCAGAUGUUCACACUGCAGGAAUCAUUACUAUUUAGGGAUAACUCUAAUUACAGAGAAUCUUCUAUUCCUUAUUAAGGGCUGGUAGUCUGCAGAGGCCUUAUUAAUGGGCCCAUCCCUAUAUCCUUCACUUUCUGUAAACUGCUUGGUCUGAUGGCAAAAAGGGUUUUGCUUGAGCCAGAAGUUUCUCUGUGAGCGUGCACUGACAGAACUGCCUGACUUUUUUGUGAUUUUCCUUUCUCUUUUAUUUGUAAUCCAACUUCUCAGUAGAGAAUAAAAUGCUCUUUUCCUAAA